CCUACUCUUCCCCAUUUCCAACACAAACAACCCAUCUUCUUUAACAAACCAACUCGAGUAAAUCACCACCAUGUCCGAGCGAAAGGUUCUCACCAAAUACUACCCCCCGGACUUUGAUCCGAGUGCUAUUACACGCACACCAAAGCAUCUACGACAACAAGGACCAAAAUUAAUCACCGUCCGUCUAAUGGCCCCCUUCUCCAUGAAAUGUACAAAAUGCGGCGAAUUCAUCUACAAAGGCCGAAAAUUCAACGCUCGAAAAGAAACCACAUCCGAAAAAUAUUUCUCCAUCCCGAUCUACCGAUUCUACAUCCGAUGCACGCGCUGCAGCGGAGAAAUCACCUUCCUCACGGACCCGAAGAACAUGGACUACCGGGCCGAAAAGGGCGCGAAGCGGAACUUCGAGCCGUGGAGGGACAGCGCGAAGAAUGAUAAUGCGGAUGAGACGGAGCAGGAGGUGUUGGAUCGGUUGGAGCGGGAGGAAGGGGAGGAGGCGGAGCAGAUGGAACGGGAUAAGAUGGCGGAGUUGGAGGAGAAGAUGCUCGAUUCGAAGCGGGAGAUGGCGAUUGCGGAUGCGUUGGAUGAGAUUCGGACGCGGAAUGCGAGGGUGGAGAGGGCGGGGGAGGGGGGGGUGGAGGGGGCGUUGGUGGGGGGGAGGGAGGAGAGGGAUGAGGAGGCGGAGCGGGUGGAGAGGGAGAUUGAGGAGGCGGCGAGGAGGGCGUUUAUGACGGAGGAGGGGGAGAGGGUGAAGAGGUUGGUUGAUGAGGAGGGAGAAUCUGCGAGGGAAGGGAACGGGGUGGGGGCUGCGAAUGGGGAGAUGCCUCCUCCGGCGCCGCCGUCGUUUGCGAGGGUCAAGAAGGCGAAGAAGCCGCUUGCUAAUAGUCUGGGCAUUAAGAAGAAGGCCAAGCCGUCGUUGGUUUAGGUUCCUUCUACCUACGAAUUGCUCAUUGCAGGUUGGCGUUGGUUCAUUAGCUGGAGUUAUAUACGGGCAUUGAUAGGGUUCUUUCAAGUUGAUUCUGAUAAUUCAUUACAGAGUUCUACGGCAUUAGUCACAACGGCAUUGUGAAAAUUCGAUUAAUAUCAUACACCAGCAAUGCAUAUAGCAAUAAAUAGAAAUAGCAAGUAGCAAUCC